AUGAUAAGCAAGCACGCUCGUUCGGCCUACUUUUCCGGAAUUCAAGCAGCUUUGACAGCUUCGGAGGUGUCGGUAACUCGAGAGUCUUUAUCAUUUAUUCCAGCCAGCCCAGCUUCGCCAGGAACCUUCCCAUUGGUGAUUGUCUCCUUGUUUGUAAUGUCGCUUUCGAAAAGGGGAAAGCCAGUGCUCCUCAAGAACACGGAAAAGUACAGUCUUCAUGUCACCAGGGAAAACGGCAAACGCAUAUGGCGUUGUGCAAAAUGGUACAACGGAUGCCGGAGUACUAUCACUACAUUCGACAAUGGCAUCAUCAAGGGACCCGGCCUACACAAAUGCCACGAGCGUAGAAGAGUACCAGAGAUUUGGGAAGCCGAUGUUAGUGAAGGACAAGUAUCGGUACUGCAAGCACGGUCAAUGCAAGGGUCCCAGGGUGCAGUGGCUCUGCAGCAGCUGGUCGUCACGCGGCUGCCGGGCCUCGGCCCUCGGUUUACGAAAUCCCGAAAUGGUCGUCCGGUGAUUCAAAUAGGAAGACAUCGGUACUACCAAUAUAUACGCCCUUAUAGAAGGCCAGUCUUUGAGCUGUCGAGCCAGGGUAACCCCAUCCUGCUGAUAGAACUCAAAUUCACCACGUCGCGGUUCGGCAAGCCAGUCAUAGAAUUGGGCGUCAACCGAUACAACCUGCAUUGUGAGCACGAGUCCUCCGGGUCCAAAGUGUGGAGAUGCGUCAAAUGGUCUCUCACGAACUGCCGAGCGUCCAUCAUCACGGUUGCCAUUUUUUCCACCACUCGGCUAGGGAAGCCGGUAUUGGUGAUAGAUUCGUAUCGGUACUACAAAAACAAUCGGAGCAGUGGUCCGAAGGCGUCCUGGUUCUGCGGUCGGCGGGGUUUGGGCUGCCGUGCAGCUGUCACCGUCUAUAACUCUAUCAUACUGGAAUAUAGGAAUUCCCAUAACCAUCUACCGAAACGUAAGACCAAGAAGAAAUACCUUUACCACGAGGGUUAUAAGUACACCCGUACCAAAAAAAACAAAGAAAAAAUAUGGUGGAACUGCAGCUUACGAAAGGGACAGAAGUGUAAGGCGUCAGUCUCCACCUUAGUAAAUGGCGAAGUUAUCAAAACCUUCAACGAACACACGCACAAACCGCUUGCUUCAACAGCUUCUAAAGCCCCGGUAUCACUAUCUGCUCCGGUAUCACUAUCUGCCCCGAAAUAUUACCAUGUCAUAUUUGGAAGUGAAGGCCCAAUAUUUGUGGAUGUAGAAGAUACGGAGUCACCUUCAACAAUAAUAGGAGAAAUGGUUUUCGGCAUGUCCCAGAAGGGUAAUCCUGUAGUGAUGGUGAACGGGCAAAGGUUCAAAAGGACCUCUUACUACGGCUUUAAGUCCUGGUGGCAUUGCAUCAAGAGGAGUUCCACAGGCUGCACAGCCAGCAUCAGACUCACCCACGACCGUGUGGAACGACUCAAUCUUCAUCAUAAUCAUUGA